UGUAAAAUUAUCUUUAAAAGCUGUGACUUGGUACCUGUUCGUGUGUUUACUCCAUAAAAAUACCUUCGAAUAUUAUUGCAUAAACAUGUUACGUAUGCCACGAUUUUGGGACAUGCAACCGCUGUCUGAUAUUGGUGUGAUUGCCGUCUCGAAUAUUCCAGCCGGUAGCAAGAUUGGUCCUUCCCACGAAAUCCCAAAUAUUUUGAUGAAGGCAAAGGAAGAAAGAAAGAUGUCUUAUGCUUUGAAGGUAAGCUGGAAGAAUGGUAAAGUCCGCUGUGGUGAUUCUGACUACAUUUGGUGGGUGAGAUUCAUGAACUACGCUCGGAAUGAAGAGGAGACUAACGUUGAGAUAUACCGUGAUGCCGGAGUGUUUUAUUGUCAAAUUGUAAGAGAUAUUAUGAAAGGACAAGAAUUGUUGGUCUGGUUUGAGGAGAAGCUUGCUCAGGAACUGGGUUUGGCCAAGUGUGAAAAAUUGGAAGAGGGUGAGCAAGGCUAUCGUUGUUUCCAGUGUUCACAACUGUUUCGCUAUAGCCAUUCUUUUCGAGUACAUAUCUCAUUGACAUGCGGAAAUUAUAAGCUUGCAUACAAUACCAGUAUAAAAGCUAUUCUUCCACAACAAAACAGAAGUAGUCUUCCACAGGCAGCAAGUAUCACCAGCACACAGCCGGAACGAAACAAGCAGCGGACGAAAAUGACGAUGUAUUUAACGCCUGGGAUGGAUAACCCUAACAUCUCUGCCUCCAAGAAUGAAGAAUCUCUACCAGAACUGCGAGAUCCACAUAUUGCAAGACAAGUCGAGAAUCCUGAUGUCUUUAGUGAGGUCGAGGGUCCUAACUCCUCCACAUCGCUAACGAAUUUGGACAAGAUGCACUCGAAUGGUUCGGGCUUCAACGGUUUCGCUAACGGUCUGAACUCCUUAAGUCCUAUAAACGGAAUGAUGAACGGUUUCGGAACCCCGAUGGGUCACUUUCCUUUCCUACCAAACCUUACCAACGAUCCUUUUGCGAAAUUCAACUUGAAUUCGACUUUGAAUAACGACAGUCUUAGUCCGCAGAAGACUUCGCCACAACAACCAUUUCUAUCCAACCAUAUCGAGACGAAUCAUCCAAGCUUGCAGGCCCCAGAACUUCAGAAAUGCGACAAUGACAACGAAAUACCGUCGGAGCCUCCAAGCCUAACACCGCUCGUUCCUUCAAGUUUCGGCUCCUUCUCAAACGAGGGUUUCAACGUGAAAAGCGAUCUUCAUCGUUCGGGGAGUCUUCCUUCACCGGGAUUUCAGAAUCAAUUCGGGGGCAAUCUAAAUGGAUUGAAAACUUUGGAUCCCCUCGCGACUCCAACUUCGACCACCGACAUAAAUCGUCUGAAUCUUGGCGAUUUUAAUAACUUAAAUUACAAACUCUCUCCUGAUGGCAAUGGGUUUCCCCCGCAUCAAAUGGACAUGUUUAACUCAUCUGUUUUUCUUCCUCCACGCACUCAAGUCCAAACCACACAACCGAUGCCCUACUACAAACCACCAUAUCCUGGCUUUCAAAGCAUGUCCCCAUACAGUAACCAACCAACAGUAAACUCGAUGUUAUUUAACGAACAAAAUAUGAGCAUAGGCAAUCGUUUUGGUGCCCCCAGCUCACAAGUUCUUCCAGAAUUAACAAACAUGGGUCCGAGCGGCUCCUUAGGCCACGAUCAGUUUAGCAAUGUCAUUAAACAAUCAUCGAAAAACGGACAAAAUGAAGAUGUCUUGAACGAGUUGAACUCGAAGAAAGUGAACAAUAAAGGCUAUCUUUGUGAACUUUGCGGGAAGAUAUAUACUCGAAAGUAUGGAUUGAAGAUACACAUGAGAAUUCAUACUGGUUAUAAGCCACUUAAGUGCAAGUACUGUCAAAAAAGAUUUGGAGACCCGAGCAAUAUGGCGAAGCACAUUCGCCUUCAUGCCGUUGGGGACACACCGUACAAAUGCCAGUAUUGUGGUAAAGUACUCGUAAGAAGAAGAGAUUUAGAUAGACAUAUCAAAUCCAGACAUCCGAAUGGACGAUAAGGAGAAACUACAGGGUGAUUUCGGAAACCUGAGUGCCGGUGCAGUUCGCUGUGUUAUUAAUAUGACAUUGGUAAAAGCUCUAUAAAAUAGAGACACAUCUAUAUAUUGGAAGAUUUGAAAGUAUAUGUGUACAUUUAUAUCUAAAAUUAAAGGUAUUAUAUAG